UUUCAAUAGAGCCUGAUCAAAACCCUUGCCCUUUCUGCGCCCCUUUCUCCCUUCAUUUCUCUCUCAAUUCUCCUCCCAUGGAAGAAGACGAUGAGUUCGGAGAUCUCUACACAGAUGUCCUUCGUCCUCUCCAGCCACCACCCUCUAUUCCUCACAAACAACCCGACGACCCUUUUCCCAACCGUCCGGUCGAUCUCAACCUUGAUAGCGACGAUGAAGAGAUCCCCUUCGGUGUUCCCAUCUCAAAUCAUACGGUUGAAUUCGCCGAUUCUCAGCAUACGCAGGUCCAGGGCUCCAUCAUUACGGAGAAGCUAGCUCAUGAGGACUUUCCUUAUACCCGGAAUUUAGAUGGUAUAGCGGAGGAUCAGAAAGUGAGGGAAAAUGAUGUUUUAGUGGAGGACGUGGGGAUUCUUGAGUUAGAUAUUGAGGGGGAAGAUAGGGCUAGGGUUUUGGAUGUUGCUGGAGAUGUGAAUCUUGUUGAUGAAUCUAGAAUGGAAGUUUCUGGUAGGGAGAUAGUCAAUAAAGAUGAAUUCUUGGGAGGAAAUCAGGAGAAUAUAAUCGAUAGUCGUGAAACUUAUGAAAAAUUCGAUAUUGAAGAUGUUGAUAACAUGGAUGCGGGGACGGGGACGGGGACGUUAAUUCCUGGACUAUCGAUUCCUGGAGUUUCAGAAGUGGGAAAUACUCAUUUUGUGCGACCGAAUGAAGCUAGUGGAGAGGGUGAUGACUGGGAUAGUGAUAGUGAUGAUGAUUUACAAAUUGUGUUGAAUGAUAACAAUCAUGGCAAUGCUUUGAUGGAUAAGUCUGGUGAGAUGGGUAGUGAUGAUGAGGAUGAAGAUGGUGAGCCUUUGGUUAUAGUUGGUGAUACUGAUCAGGUUCAUCUGCCCAUGGAAGAGCCGGAUUGGGGUGAAGAUGUAGGUCAGGCGGUUGAUGGCGAUAAAAAGGAAUUUGGAGAUGUUGCUAAACCUGAUGGAAUGAUUGCCAUCCCAAAAGUUGGCUAUAGCAGCCAUGUGUAUCAUCCAUAUCAUUCUCAGUUUAAGUAUGUUAGACCUGGUGCGGCACCCAUGCCUGGAGCAGCUUCUGUUGGACCUGGAGGAGUUUUAGGUCAAGUUCGGCCACCAGUAGUUGGUAUGCCUCCUUCUGGCCGUGGUAGAGGCGAUUGGAGGCCUUCGGCAAUGAAGAACGGUCCUAAUAUGCAGAAAGGUUUUCAUGCUGGUUUUGGGAUGCCUCCCUUUUCUGCAGGGCGAGGGUUUGGCGGUGGACUUGAUUUCACACUUCCAUCACAUAAAACUGUCUUUGAAGUUGAUGUUGAUAGCUUCGAGGAAAAACCAUGGAAACUCCCUGGAAUUGAUAUUUCUGAUUAUUUUAACUUUGGGUUAAAUGAGGAAAGCUGGAAAGAGUAUUGCAAGCAGCUGGAACAAUAUCGCAUGGAGACAACUAUGCAGAGCAAAAUCCGUGUAUAUGAAAGUGGGAGAGCAGAACAGGAGUAUGAUCCCGAUCUUCCUCCUGAAUUGGCUGCAGCAGCUGGUUUGCAUACCGUGUCCACUGAAACUGCAAAUGUAGGGAAGGUAGAUGGAGGACAAAGCGAUCUUGUCAAUGGGUCUGCUCGUCUGCGGCCACCACUACCAAUGGGGAGACCUAUACAGGUGGAAACUGGUCAUGGAGAGCGUUUUCCGUCUGUUGAUACCCGACCAGCACGGAUGCGUGAUUCUGAUGCCAUCAUUGAGAUUGUCUUACAGGAUUCAGUAGAUGAUGAUUCUUUACAGGCUAAUGAUGCUGCAGACCUACCAGAAAAUGAUAAUUUAAGAGAGGAUCUCAGUGAUAGCCGAGAACUCACAGAAGACACUAAGCGAUUUCCUGCUGCUCCUCAUGAUCGCGGUGGUAGGAAGAGGGAGGAAAGAAGUGGAUCCUGUACAAAUUCUGUUCCUGAUGAUCAAAGUGGGUCAUCAACAAAGUCGGCACCCAAGCAUCUCGGUAAAGAAAAAAGAGCAUCUUUUUCCCCAGAAGGUUCCAUUCAUCAUUCUCCUGAAACUGAAGGGAGGAUAUCUCCAUAUUCUGGCAGGGUUACUGAUAACCAUCUUGAUAGAUGUGCAAAGGAAAGACCAGAUGACAGAUCUCCAAAUGUGACUCCUAGUGACAGCCAGAAAGAAGAAGAAUCAACUGAAAACAUUGAUGGAAAGCAUAGCCUUCGGUUGUCCUCUCCUACCAGUGUUUCGAGUGAAGAGCAACAACUGGUGGAUGCUCAUGAGGACCAUGGAAUUGAAUCAAUUGAUAAAGAGGGAAUAGCAUUGGAUGCAACAGUUGCCGCUAAUAUCCCGAAAGAUCAAAAGAAAUACGACCCUCAUAAGAGACAGAAAGUAAGUUCUCACACUCUACCAGAAACCGAUGAUGUUGUGGAUUUUAGAGCAGCUCGGAGUAGUGAAAACAGCAAGGCAAGAUCAGGUAGCAGCAGAGACUUGCAACAGAAGUUGCAUGAUGGUAUCGAUGAGGAAGUUGUUCAACACCGAAACUUUAUAGGUGCCCAGGAUGUGAAGAGACCCCUAAAUGAAGAAGAGCAGACUGCCAGAAGAAAAGGCAAGCAAGACACACAUUUUCCCCAUCGCUCACAUUUGAAAACUGAGAGCAGCGUGAAGACUUGGCAACAACAUACUGAUGAAGAUUUGCAUGGAAGAAGGAAACGAGAGCGAGUUGAUGAUGUGAUCCCAAGACACCGCCCUGCCAAUGAAAGAUAUGACAAAGACGAACAUCUACAUUCUAGAAAGCAGUUAGAUAACGGGACUUCAAGGGUUCAUCGCGAAAGAGAAGUGGCCUCGCGGUAUAAGGAAAGGGAUGAUAAUUUGAAAGGACGAUACGAGAUCAUGGAUGAUCUCCGUGGAAAAAGAAGAAAAGAAGAAGAAUAUGGAAAUAGAGAAAACUAUUCUAGUCAUAAAAAAAGAGACAGGGUUGGUGAUAUUCCAGAUCUGCAGAGGAGAGAUGGUAAAGGUUGGAUUCCUAGAGAAAGAGAAGACUGGCACAGGAUCAAACAACUAAAUGAGGAUGGUUUUGUAAAGAGGGAAAGAGAUGAUGGACGUGGAGGAAUAAGGAGUAGCCUUGCUAAAGGAAAGGAUGGAUUCAAGAACUCCGAUCGAGAAUACCCACUCAAAGAUAUUGGUCGGCAUUCUGAUCUGAUUAAGAGAAGGGACCACAAUGAUGAUGCAUAUCCACGUGGAAGCCAAAUUAGCAAUGAUGAGAGAAGAUCAAGACAGGAGUCUGCCAAUGGUCGUGAUGAUUUCGCUGAUGGUACCAGAACGAAUGAUAAGAAACUUAAAGAGACCACAAAGAAGAGGAGAGAAUAUAAAAGUGGUGACCAAAUUAACUUGUACUCUUCCGUUCCAAACCAAGAACAGAUUAUCAUGAAGAAUGAGCUGGAGAUGAAUGAAGGCGCAAGGGAUGGUGGAAAAAACGACACUCUUACAAAAAACCAUCAAUCAUCCAGAAAGCGGAAAGGAGACCCAACUUCUGAAGACGAGCAACAGCUGCAAGAUUCAAAGAGGGGAAGGUCCAAAAUGGAGCGAUGGACGAGCCACAAGGAAAGAGACUUAAAAGAUGAAUCUUCUUCCAGGAUCGAGGAGGAGAAUGAGGAAGAAGAUGCCCUUGACUCUCAACCACCUCCCUCAAGUGACCUAAAGGAUGCUGAAAUCAAUCCAUUAGAAGACACUGUGGCAAAGCUGAAGAAAAGGAGCGAGCGAUUCAAGCUUCCAAUGACAAACGAGAAGGAAUCUACUACAUUGGUUAAUAAAAUAGAAUCUGAACCAUCUUUCAAUCCAACUCAAGGCGGCGGUGGUGGUGGUGGUGAUAACAAUAUAGACUCAGAUUUCAAACCGGAGCGACCAGCUAGGAAGAGAAGGUGGACUGGUAACUAACUGACAAACUAACAAGCCCGUCCUGUUAUGGGUGUUCUAUUUCUCUGGCGAGCUCCAAAAACGCAGUUUUUUGCUGUAAAACCUAGCUGUUGAUCUCAUCAUAAUAUAUACACACAGAGUAAUGAAUAUGUAACACUGUAAUGACCAUAUUGUGGUGGCAUUUUCUUUCUUUUUUCGGGCACUUGUUGAGAACAUUGAUUCAUACAGUUAGUAUUUGUAGACAUUUAUGAAUGUAUAAUGGUUUUGAUAG